GACUGAUAUUCUCACUGUGUGCGUUGUAAAACUAAGUUUUUGUUUCCGUUUUCUCUUUUGUAUGUUAAAUAAUAUGUUGUCUUUUUAAUUUCAAUUCUUGUAGUAACUCUCCACGUAACUGUGACUGGGUGAAUUAGAAUAGCCGAGAUAUUCUUGUAUUUUUUUUUAUAUUAUUUUGUAUUUGUAUUUUAUUUUUUGACUAUUUUAAUUUUGUUUUGUAAACUCUAUGAGUUGUAUCAGUUUAGAUGAUAGUUUCUUUUCAUACAAAUCAUACACCUCAUCAUCUGAUAGGUUCCUGACCCUUGGCGAUCGGUCAUUAAAUUCCCAAAAAAAAAAAACUGAGUAGUCUGUGGCACAGAGUACUUUUUAGAUUAUGGCGGUAGUCUAGUCUGUGUAUUAUGGUCUGUCUUUAUUUAUUUCUACCGGCUAUUUCCCAAGUAAUUACUAUACUUUGUGUUUCCCAUAACGUAUCCUAUAUCCGGAAAAAUCUGUUUAGGAACGGCCUAAAAAAACACGAUCGUAGAUUAUUUUGGUACAUUAACAGCGAGACUUAAACUGUUGACUCUAAUUUGUAAGUUUGAAUACGAUGGAUGACGAAUUGAAAGAGUUGAAGUCGUUGUUGCGGUCGCUGGUGGUGUCGAGCCGGACUCAGAUGGACGUCCGCACCUUGAUGCGCGACUUCCGGAACAUGGUGGGCUCGCCCAUGCCGCUCGCCAAGUAUGGCCACACAGACCCCGUGGCUUUCCUGAAAGAGCACUUCGAUGAUUGUUUCGAGAUGACGGGGCCAUCGUCUAAUCCAGUACUCACUCUGAUUGUACCAGGCACAUUAAAAUACUUUGAUCAGUUAGUACGGAGACAGAAAGUAUCUUCUACUGCUAAAUUCCACAGUAAUCCAAUGAGGGGAAGCAUUCCUGAAUCUGCAGUGAAUAAACAAAACCCCAUUUUAAAGACAUUUGUCAAAGACACACAAGCUGUCCUCAAAGAACCUGAACCAUCAGUGGUGGAAGCUCCUGAUGUUGUUGCUGACGCCAGCCACAACAAACAGAAUGUUGUCAAUCAUCAAGUCACCAGUAUAGAUUUCAGGAACUCCCUCCAGAAACGCCUUGCACUUUACAAAAGACUACGUAAAGAAGAAGAAGAGCCUUCUUCAGAGAGAGAAGUAACAAUAUCUCCGUGUCAAGAUGAUGAUUCAGGAAACCAUACAUCAUCCAGCAGCAACGACACAAGGGCUCUACAGCUAGAGGAGCUGAAGUCGGAAAUAAUGGAGCUGAUCAGAGCAGCCCCGCGCGGCCUGUGGUGCACCGACCUGAUACGUCUCUACAGGAAUCGCUUCAACCGCGAAAUGAACUUCACACGGUUCGGAUACAUGAGCUUGAUCGAGGUGGUGUCCACGAUGGUGGCGGGCGUGGUAAUCACGCGGCCCGAGGUCGACGGCGACUGGUACCUGCAGCCGCGCGGCGCCGGGCCGCUGCCGCCCCCGCGCCGCCCUGCCCGCGCCUCGCCGCCGCCCGACCCAGACGAUGCGUUACCCGGCAUCGACUAUGACGCGGACGUGUUCCCGGCGGACUGCCUGCACUUCACGGAGAGCAUCCCGGCGCAGUCGCUGAACGACGUGCUCCCCGGCGCCAUGGUGGAGGUCACCGUGAGCGAGGUGUACUCGCCCUCGCACUUCUGGCUCAUCCGCCUCGGCAACCAGUACCACAUCGCCAUGGAUAACAUGAUGGACGCGAUGACAGAGUACUACAACGGGGAGGGCCGCGAGCGGUGGCUGGCGCGCAACGCCGUGCGCGUGGGCCAAUACUGCAGCUCGCUGUACGAGGGCGACUGGCACCGCUCGCUCAUCGUCAAGAUCCUCGACAGCGACACCGUCAAGGUGCGGCACGUGGACUACGGCACGGUGGACAAGGUGGCGGUGAACGCGCUGCGGCCGCUGCGGCGCGAGUAUGCACGGCUGCCGGCGCAGGCGGUGCGCGCGCGGCUGGCGGGGCUGCGCCCGUGCGCGGGCGGGCAGCGCUGGCCGCCCUCGGCCGCCGUCGCCUUCCUGCGCCUCGUGACGGACACGCCGCUCGUCGCCAACAUCGUCGCUGUCGACAGAGAGGCGGACAUAAUCGAGACCCUGCUAAUCGAAACGUCGACUGCGGUGGACCGCAACCUGAGCGCCGAGCUGAUCCGCGCCGGACACGCGGACGAGCGGCCCGACUCCGCGCUGCGGUCGGCGGAGUGCUACCUGAAGCCGAGCUUCGAGGCGCUGGAGACCGGCGCCACGCCCAACCUGGGGGAGAUACACGAGUACCUACGCGACGGCAUCCUGCUCGACUGCGUGGCCGCGUACCGGCAACACGUGCUCGCCUGCGUGCCGCCCUCCGACUCCUCCGCCAGCGACCACCCGCCCUAUGCCUCCCUUCCUCCGCCUUCGUCGCCAACUGAGCUCUCCUCACCCCAGGUCACGUCUCAGAGACCUCUAUGUCCGCCGGCCGCACCGCUCGCCUUGUCGCCCAAACACUCAGGGCCCUCCGAGGCAAAGGCGCAAAGGCAGACAGAGUGCCGGCCGCAGUCAAUAGUACACCCGCAGCUGGCGGGCCCGCACGCGCCGCCCGGCAUGGUGUCGCCGGCCCAGCCGGGUCCGUACAUGCCGCGCGGCGUGGUGUCGCCGGCCCAGCCGGGCCCGUACAUGCCGCGCGGCGUGGUGUCGCCGGCCCAGCGGGGCCCGUACGGGCAGCCCGGCGCAGUGGCGCCGGCCCAGCCGGGUCAGCGGGGCCCGUACGGGCCGCAAGGCGCUGUGGCGCUGGCCCAGCCGGGCCCGUACAGGCCGCCCGGCGUGGUGUCGCCGGCCCAGCCGGGCCCGUACAGGCCGCCCGGCGUGGUGUCGCCGGCCCAGCCAGGCCCGUACAGGCCGCCCGGCUUGGUGUCGUCGGCCCAGCCGGGCCCGUACGGGCCGCCCGGUGAGGUGGCGCCGGCUCAGCCGGGCCCGUACGGGCCGCCCGGCGAGGUGGCGCCGGCCCAGCCGGGCACGUACGGGCCGCCCGGCGAGAUGGCGCCGGCCCAGCCGGGCCCGUACGGGCCGCCCGGCGAGGUGGCGCCGGCCCAGCCGGGCACGUACGGGCCGCCCGGCGAGAUGGCGCCGGCCCAGCCGGGCCCGUACGGGCCGCCCGGCGAGGUGGCGCCGGCCCAGCCGGGCCCGUACGCGCCGCCCGGCGUGGUGACGCUGAGCCGGGCCGAGUGCGACAAGUACUUCAGGCUGCUGUACGUGAACCCCAUGGCCGCGCACUGGUACAUGGCGCGCGUGCUUGACUUCGCAAUGCGCCGCUGUUCCCAUUCCCACCACCCAGGAUUUAAUAAUAAUAAUUAAAGGAGCAGGGCUACAUCAGCUUCGUGAAGGACCCUCGCACGCUUGAGAUAACAGAUGUGAUGCUCAGCAUAGAAAGAUUUGGCACCGAUCACAAACCGCAUGAACUAAGCGAAUAUGAUUUGUUUAAGUAGAUUUAGGAAUUGAUGUUUUGAUUGACGUUUUGAUUUGCUACAGCUAGGAUUCCCACCUUUUUUUUUAACAUGUAUUUUUGAUUAAAUUUAAGUUUUUUGAUAAAAUUUAAGUUUCUAGGCGAGCUAGUGUGCGUCUGUGUCCCGUGGUGCUACAGUUGUAUACUUUAUGAUAAAUAGGAUACAUCUACCUCUAGUCGCAUGUGUGCGGCUACACGUAGCUUUAGCCGGCUAGACCUACGUGUAGCCACUCUUCGGCCUUUAGCCACAUAAGGAUAAGGGAAGGUUCAUGUCUGACGGAACUUCGCGUCGCGUUAAAACACAAAUAUGCGAUAAAGCAUUCGAUCAUUAAUCAACGAUUUCCCGAUGACGCUCGACGCAUUUACCGUCAGGUAUGAACCAGGGUUUAUCUGUUUAAGUAGAAAAAUACUUUAAUAUAUACUAUAUAGGUGUCUAGUUAGUAAGCCAGACGUUAUCGUCAAUUAUUUCCUCUCGUGUAUUUAUACAAUUAAGCUCACAACUUUCCACCGGCAUUUGAUUAUAUUCCAAUCUAUUAAUUGCUGAUACAAUAACAUGAUAAAUCGUUGUUAAAAAUCAGUUAUACAGAGGAAAUUUAAUAUAUUAGAAACUCUACUCAUAGUUUCACUUCUUACUUACAUAACCGUACUUUGUAAUUAUCUGGUAACCUUGAAAUGGUCAGGUAAAUAAAUAUGAUAUAAAUAAAA